AUGGCCAUCCAACAGGACGUCCCUCUCGCGGCCCAGGUGCUCGCCACCAUCGGCACAAUCUGCUGGUGCGUCCAGCUCCUGCCCCAAAUCUGGCAAAACUACCGGCGCGGCAACUGUAUCGCGUUCCCGGCCCUGACGGUGUUCAUCUGGGCCAUCUCUGAGGUGCCGUUCGGGGCGUACGUGAUCGUUCAGGACCACGCAAUGGCGAUACAGCUGCAGCCGCAGAUCUUUGGCGUGUUGUGUCUGGUGUGCUGGGGACAGUGUCUGUGGCUUUCUGGAAAAUGCUCGAAGCUCUGGGCAACCUUCUGGCCGUUCUUACUGGCUGCUGUCAUGGCAGUUGGACAGUUCUUGCUCAUCUGGACCCUUCGAGUAGGUUAUCCCGGACGCACCAUGCCAAUCAAGGUCGUCUGGGCUUUCGCUGCGGCAGGUCUCGUCGUGGGUCUCAUCCCGCAAUACGUGCAGCAGUUCAAACGCCAGGGGAGGAACCUUGGAUUUAGCUGGGGAUUCCUCGCCGUGGAUCUAGCCGGUGCAUUAUUCUCUUUCUUGGCCAUGGCGGUCCGGAAACAGUUCGACGUGUUCGGUGGCACUUUGUAUCUUAUCGUGUAA